AUGGUUACCGAGAAAACUGCAGUCGACACGAGAAUUUUCUCGGAAAAAAUGGUCGAACAAGUGGAAAUCCUCGUGCCGUUUCAUGGAAAAAGUGAGAAUGAUCCGUUGACAAAAUGUGUUGAGAUCCUCGUACAAGUGUUGGAUCGACUUGGAAAGAGUGCAAGCAUUGAUCCGAAAUUUGACGGCGGUGUUUUCGUCCAAGCGACUUGUGUUCAAGUGGUGAAUCUCUGGAAGCAACGAGGGAAAGAAUCGGAAAUCGCUUUCAAAGGAGUUCUAUCAAUCUUGGAGCUUUGUCUCACCCAAUGGUCUCAACAAUCGGCGCUCUUCGAAUCUCUCAUCAAUAUUCUCGGCUUUGGAUCGGUCGCGUUUUGGAGAGUUGCCGUUCCAUUCGUCUACGAUUCUGAUUUGACUUAUGGGACCCAGCACAGAGAUGGCUUGUUGUUCAGCUUGGCUCUCUAUGAUGUCAACAACAGCAAGAACAAAAUGAGAGAGCUUUACGCAGCUGUUCCGGGGGUCCGGCAAAGUAUGCUGGGAGUUCAUGCAAAGAGAUUUGGAGAGAAGUAUCAGCACAUGCAGGUGACAAGAAGUCGAACAAAUUCCCGUGUGAACUCAACUCAUGGAUCGACUGAAGAUCUUUUCAGCCUUGACUCAUCCGAAAAACUUGAUUCGUUGAACAAUGAUUUGCUAGACGACGCGGUUGUUUCGGCUUUUGUUGAAACACCAGCUCAGAAGCAAAGAGUGAUCAACGUCUCAAACGCUCCUCCAGUCUCGAUCAAUAGACGGAGCAGCGGUUGCUGGGAGAUCAAGCAAGGAUCUGGUGGCUUGGUGGCCUGCGUGGAUCCGGUGAUGUCUGUGGAUAAAGAAAAUAUUUGGCUCGCGAAUCUUGGAAUCAAUCCACAAGCUGAUGACUCUUCUGACGAGGAUCCUCCACCAAGCACCAAUUCACUGGGUCUUCCGUUGAUCAAACAAGCUCGAGCUGGUGAAAUCUUUCACGUUCUCGAGGAGAACUCAGCGAACAAGGCUGAAACGGAACAACAAGCUCAAGUCGAAAGAGAUAUGUCUUUGCUUUCCGUCCUUCAUGACUACAACAAGACAAACUAUCAGCUAAAUCCCGUAUUCGUAAAUCAAGAUGAUUAUAAUGCUUAUUAUGGAGGGAUUUCAAAUGGAAUCCUCUGGCCAGCUUUGCACAAUCUUCCUCAAUACAUUGCACAAGAUUACGAUGAUUUAAGGAUUCUUGAUGAGCAUUGGUGUUCGUAUGUUCGUGUCAACCUUCAAUUUGCUAUCAACGCAGCAAGAAAUAGUCGACCUCAGGACUUCAUUUGGAUUCAUGAUUAUCAUUUGAUGCUUGUUGGGCAAUUGAUGAGAUCACUGGAUUCGGAUUUGGAGGUCGCCUUCUUUCUACAUAUCCCAUUUCAACCACCAGAUGACUUUAUGACAAAAUAUCGAGCCGUCGCUGAACCAAUUCUUCGAGCGAUUUUGAGAUUUAAAAAGGUGGGAUUUCAAACGGAUCGUGAUCGUCGUAAAUACAUCAGCCUUGUCGAGAAGCAUAUCCCAAGAGCUCGGAUUCAAUAUGAAGAGACGGUUGACAUUUUCACCGUCAACUAUGAGGCAAACGCUGCCUGUUCCCUCGGAGUUUUCCCCGUUUCAAUCAAAAAUGAGGAUUUUCUUGGCAUUGCCACUCAAGAUCAAACAAAAAUCCUUUCAAUGGAUAUUCGGAAAGAAAUUCUUUCAAAUUCUUUCGAUGGCGGUCGAUUCUUUUUCUCCGUUGAGCGCUUUGAUUACACAAAAGGAAUCAAAGAAAAGCUGACUGCUUGGAGGAGAUAUUUUGAAAAAUAUCCGGAUCGAAUCGGUAAAGAUGUUCUUUUGCAAAUUGCUGUUACGAAUCGAAGAUCGGUCGACUCGUAUCGAAAAUAUCAAGAUGCUUGUUUGGACAUAGCAAAUGCAGUAAAUGCGGAAAUCAAGGAUGAGAAAAAUCCAAAAUGGAAGCCAUUGAUCUUUAAUACGGAUGGACUUCCAAGAGCCAAACUAAUUGCGCAUUACUUGGCUAUGGACAUCGGUGUUGUCACUCCGUCUAAAGAUGGAAUGAAUCUCGUGGCAAAGGAAAUGUUGAUCUGUAAUCCGGAAGCUGGACUGAUUCUCUCAUCAGGUGCUGGCACUGAUGUCCAACUCGGUAGCGCUGGUUUCUAUACAGAAGAAGAGCGGUGCUAUCAUCGAGUUGCUGACAUUGGAAAUGUUGAAGAGUUUGCUGAUGCUUUCUAUUCGGCGGCAAUGGAAGAACAAGAUGAGAAAGUGGCAAAUGGAAGUCGAUUGAGCAAUUUCUUGAAAAGCCAUGAUAUCGAUGAGUGGAGCACAGCCUUUUUGGAUCCGUCAUGGACACAUGAAGUGAUCAGAAUGACUACGGUGUCUCAACUCUCUGAUUUCUUUGUUCUCAUGGAGAAAACAGCACAAGUUCGACGCCAGAUCGUUGAAAGUGUCAUGAAGGGACUUCCCAUUCGACAACAUGCUCAACUUUCGCUAGAAAAUGCAAAGAACUCGCUCGAAAACUCUUGCAAAUAUGGAACCACUCAAAUGACACUGAAGACAGAUGAUGAUGAUGGCCAACAACUCGACAUAACUUUUGCAAUUCACGAUGAACUUUCUGAGCUGCACAAGGAUAUCGCAUUUUUGCAGUUUGUGCAAAGCGAUGACAUGCAUAAUGUCGAGAAUUUUGUUGAGACUUUGAGCGGUUUCCAUCCCGAUGGGCCAGCGAUUUUCCAAGAAGAGGUGGCUCAGGCUUGCGCUCUUUUAAAUGAAGGAGAUCAUUUCCAACAUUUCUUUACCGAUCGAGACGGUACUCUCAAGAGUUAUUCUUGUACUUAUCCAACAAGUGUCCAACCUGCCUACUCGGCUGUCAUUCAGGCUCAAUUCGCGAGAAAAUGUGCUCAAGUUUGUGCAAUUGUGACAACAAGUCCGCUUGUUCACAUCGGAAUCUUGAACAUGAUCACAUUACCUGAAGGUUAUUAUGCUUAUGGAGCGUCGGCUGGCCGGGAAUGGUAUAUCAAUCCGGCUUUGCAAUUUAAAGAUGACAGCUUAAGCGAUGAGGAUUUGAAUUUGUUGAAUCAAGCUUUUGAAAAGGUGGAAGAUCUUUUGGCAAAGCCACAAUUCCGAAAUUUCACUUGGAUUGGUUCGGGUCUUCAAAAACAUUAUGGGCAUAUUACAAUCGCUCGGCAAAACCAAGAGAAGAGCAUGCAAAAAGCGCUUGGAAAUAUGUUGUUUAACGAAGUGUCAGAAAUUGUAAACGACGUGGAUCCUGCUGGGAAAAAUUUAGUGCUAAAAGACGGAGAAUUUGAGAUGAAAAUCUACGCAAAAACAUUUGAUAGCGAGAACAUCAAUGGUAAAAUCUUUAACAAAGGAAAUGGAGUGAGAUUGCUGAAGAAAAAGCUCAAUUUGAAGUUGACAAUAGGCAACAUUCUCGUCUGUGGAGACUCCGAGAAUGACUUGCCAAUGUUGGAAGUAUGUCUUGAACAUGCAAAAGAGAAAGUGUUCACAAUUUGGGUGACACGAGACGAGAAAUUGAGACAAAAGGUCAUCUCACUCUGUCUUCAAUACGGAAAUUCGCAUGUGGCUUUCGUUUCGUGUCCGGGGGUUCUCCUUGGCGCAAUGGCUCAAGCCACAGUUCGGGUAUUUAAUCUUCGACCGGAUAGA